GGGGGCGUGUUGAUCAUGUGCAUACUUUAGCAAGAGAGAGAGAGAGAAUUUUUUAAACACAUUUUUAUAUUGUUUAAUAAACAAAAAAACCGGUUUAAAAGGACCAAAAAGGUACACUUGGCAUUGCUGGGUAUUGUGUUAGAAAUUUGGUUCUGUAUGUUUAACCAAGAUAUGUGUGGUACCGAUGUGGUUACAACUUACACGUACAUUGAGAAUAAAAUAAAAUUAAUAUAAAAAAAAAAAAAACAACAUAAAUUAUAUACUACGAUGCAACAAGUUGUUGCACAGACGCCAUAUAAAACUUGAGAUGAAAUGUAAGCAAUCAACGGUCAUCGUGGGUUUAAAAUAUAACCCACUAUAAUUAUUAUUUCAACAUUAACAACGCAAUCAAGAAUUUUCGUUUUUUGGAGUUAAGCAAUAAUUUAAUAAGAUAAUAAAAAUGGAUGAACCUGGAGAUAUUAUAAAAUAUAAAUGGACUACAGAAAGUACAUCAUUACUUGUAUCAGUAUGGGCUGAUGAACAAAUACAAACAAAAUUAGACCAAAUUAAACCUGAACCAGCAUUAGCAUGGACAAGAAUAUCAAAAUAUAUGAAAAAUAAAGGAUAUCAAGUUACAGCAAGACAAUGUAGAUCAAGAAUGAAACAAGUAUUAUUUUGUUAUCGUGAAGCUCAAAGAAAUGGUACACGUGGUGGUGUUGAACGUUAUUAUGAUUCAAUUAAUCGUGUAUUAGAAGCUAAAAGAAAUUUAAAAAAUGAGAUUAAUGAUAAUAAUAACAACAAUAAUAAUAAAAAUAUUAAUAAUCAACAUAAUAAUGGUAUUGAUACUGUUGAUUCAAGGCAUAUUCCUAAAACACCAAUAAAAGAAAUUAAAACAAAUGUUAAUUUACGAGUAAAAGGUAAUGGUUUUCAAGAACCAGUUAAGCCAUUGCUAAGACGUAUUCAUGUUACACCUGAAGGCUGGAAAAUAGCACAUCGUGAAGGUGAUUAUGCUGAUUCAUCAGAAUCAAAUGAAACUGUUUUAGCACGUCCUCGUCGUUCUAUGUCACCAGUAAGAGAUGUUGGUACAAAUACUGAUACAGAUACACUUCGUGUAUCAUCAAAAUCAUCAAGAAGAUCAUUGCCAGAUCAACAACAACAACAAUAUCGUUAUGAUAUUCUUGAAAAUAAUCGUUUUUCUGAAAUGCCAUUAAAAAAUGGAGUACAAAAUGUACAAAAUGUACAAAAUCAAUUGAUACAAGAAAAUAUGUUGUUGAGAAAUCAACUUGGUCAAGAAUACAUUGGUAUACCACCACAACAACAAGAAUAUCGUGUUAAUAUUGGUCAUGCAACUAUACCACGUGAAACACAAAUGUAUAAUUCAUUGUAUCAACAACCAGUACGUUUGGUAUCAUCAAAUUGUGCAAGAACACAAGGUCAAUUACAACAGUAUGCAUUAAAUACUGGAACAACAAAAAGUGAACCUAAAAAAUUUGGUGGUAUGUAUGGUAAUUUUGUUGAUUACCCAGGUGUUGGUGGUGUUGGUGGUGUUGGUGUUUAUGGCGGUGGUGGUAUAAAUACAAAUUUUAAUAAACCAUAUAAAAGCACAUCAUCAUCUGGUUAUUCACCAGAUAUUGGACAAAAUUUAAAUGAUGGUUUUCGUCAAAAAUGUAAAAGUCAUAAUUUAAAUGAAACAUAUGAUCAAGAUAAUGAAUUAUUUCAAAGUUGUAUUAAUGCAACAACAGUUACAAAUAAUGCAACAUUUAAUGAUGAAACAUUAUCAAUUGAUUUUGUAAAUGAUUCACAAAGUCCAUCAGAUAAUGAGCCAAUAAGUGGUUCUAAAAAUGAUGAUUCAUUUGUUGAAUUACCACCAGAUGCACCAUUUAGAAAAAAAAAAGCACAAAAAUUAGAACAACUUAUGUUAAAUGCAAUAACAUCACAAACUGAAGUUGUUAAUAAAAUACUUGCUGCACAAGAUACAAUGGUAUCAAGAUUAUUAGAUCGUGAUGCUGAUCGUCAAUCACGUUUAGAAAAUCGUCUUGAUCAAUUAAUGAAUGUUGUACAUGCAACAGUAUUAAAUAAAAGUGGUUCAUCAAAAGAUUCAACUAAUGAUUUACAAUCAUUAAAUUUAUUACCAUCAGUACCAUCUGGUCCAUUAUGUUUUUCACCACCACCAAAACCAGGUAAUAGACCACCAAAACUUGAUCUUGUACCACCAAAACCAUGUCGUAUACCAUGCACAAGUCCAUCAGCAAAUAUUGAAUUAAUUAAUCAAAAUCCAAUUCAAACAAGACCAGGCACAGUUAAACCUGGUAGUAUACAUACAAAAUUAGGUCCAGUAUCACAAUCACCAUUUGUCAAAGCACAACAACAAAUGACAACAACAACAACAACAACAAGUGAUUAUGCUAAAGCAUUAAAUGAUUGGCGUACAAAAUCAUCAGCUGAACGUAGAAUAGCACAAAGUCAAAAUCCAUUAAAUGAUGAAAAAAUUGUUAAAUUUGAAACUGAACAAUUUUUAUUAAAUGAAAAAUUAAUGGAAGAACGUAUUGAAAAUGCACGUCAAGCUGCUGUACAAUUUUUAAAUGCUAAAGAAAAUAAAGAUAAAGAUAAUAAAGAUAACACAGCAAGACGUGAAUUAUUUGAUAAUGAUAAUAAACAACAAGAAAAAGAAAAAGAACCAUCAGCAGCUGUUAUAUUAACACGUACAUUUUUAGAUAUUGAACGUAAUGCAGAAGAAAGAUCACGUUAUUGUUUACCAACAUUAACAUCAUUAUUACAAAUCAAUAAAGAUAUGAAUGAUUCUGAUGAUUUAUUAACUGGUCAAGGUGAAAGUUAUGAACGUUUAAAACGUUUAAGUGUUCGUUUACCAUCACAAAAAAAAAAAUAUAAUAAUGAUAAUGGAUUAGAUUCAUCAACACCAGCAAAAUAUCAUAAUAAAAUUGAUAAUAAUAUUAAUAAUAAUAAUGUUGAUGAUGUUGAUGAUGUAAAACCAUCAUUUUCUCAACGUCAACGUGCAUUGAUGCAAUGUCAACGUUGGAGAGAUAGUGCAACUGCUAGAAUAAAUAAACGUCAAACAAAUAAUAAUUAUAUUGAUUCAAAUAAGCCAUUAUCAACAUAUGAAACUGAUGUACAACGUGAAAGUCGAAUGAAAACAAAUAAAUGGAUAAAUGAUAGAUAUUCAUAUGUUCUUGAUAAUAAAGCUCAAAAAGAUGAACCAACUGCACCAUCACAACAACAGCCAAUGGGUUUUGUUAAACCAAGUUUAAAUAUUCAUGACAAUGAGCCAGCUUAUAGUAGUGUUGAUCGUAAUCUUGGAUUUAGAGAGGAACUUUUAUCAACAUAUAGAAGAGCACGUGAACAUGAUAUUCUUGAUGAAGAACGUAAAUAUUAUGAUAGACAACUUGAUAGAGUUAGUUAUCCACCAAGUAGUCGUGAAUACAUUGAACGUUAUGGUCAAGAUGAUAAAAGAGAUAAUAAAUUUAAACGAAAAAGUAAUCAGGAUAUUAAUAGUACCAAUGAUGAAGAUGAUAUAUUUCUUGAUACAACAACAACAAUUAAACCAUAUCGUAAAACAUCAUUGACAUCUGCUACAUCUGGUGCUUUCUCAAAAAUAACUGAUACUAACUGUGUUAUUUCAUAAUUUUCCUUACCUUUUUUUUUUUUUUUAUUAUGUGAUGUUUGAGUACAAUUGAUUUAGCUGCCAGUUGUCAGCCAUAAUUAUUAUCUAUUUGCAUAAUCAUAAUUGAAUUUAACAUAAUAAUUUGCAAUCAGUAUGUGCAAUUGAUGAUAAUAAUACAAAACAUUGUCUUCCCCUUAAAAAAAAAAUAUAAUUAACUCGUUAUUAAUUAAUAAUUACUUGAUUUAAAUAUUAAAUAGUUUAUUCAUUUUUUUUUUCUUUUUUACUUUUUGUUAUUACAAAGUAAACUAUCAUUUAACAUUUUUUUAUCAUCAAGAUAUUAGUUUGUAAAUGAAAAACUUUCUUAUUAUUAUUUUUUUUUUUUUUAUUAUUUUUCAGACAAUAAUUUUAAAUAAAAUUUUUGUACUUUUAGAAAAAAAAACAUGAGCCAUUUAAUAAAGAGAUUUAUUCU